AUGCUAAUGCAUUCGGACGAAUUGCCAUUUAAAUGUGAUCACUGCGAUAAGAGAUUUCGACGCAAAAAAGGCUUAACUGUCCAUCUAGUCUCACACUCCGGAGCUCAACCAUUUAUUUGUGCAUUCUGUGAAAAGCCCUUUUCUCUAAGAUCAAAUCUGAAAGUCCACCAAAGAAAGAUACACCCAAACGAAUUGGCCAAAUAUGAACAAGAAGGAAAGAUGACCAUCAUCACUGAUGUCAUCAAAAAGAAGUUUGCAUGUGGACGUCGUGAUGCUAAAAAUGAUCAAUGA